UUAAUACGAAAACAUUUUUUAACAGGCGCGACGCGGCUGCCUCAGCUUCUUCUUGUCCGUCGGAUUGUUGUUGUGAAUGAAGAAGGAAAUAUGGCGGAGUCGCAGGUGGAAAUAGGCGAGGGUUGUCGGCUCCCGGUGCUCAGAAAGAAUCAGGAAAAUGAAGACGAGUGGCCGUUAGCAGAAAUCCUCAGUGUGAAAGAAGUGACUGGAAGAAAGCUUUAUUAUGUUCACUAUAUUGAUUUUAACAAACGCCUGGAUGAAUGGGUGACACCUGAUAGGCUGGAUUUGAAGAAACUUCAGUUUCCCAAAAAAGAAGCAAAAACACCUACAAAGAAUGGACUUCCCACCUCACGGCCAAGUUCUCCUGAGCGGGAUGUGGAAAACAACUUGGAGGUAAAGCAGUGGCACCAUCUUCCACAGCCGGACACCAAGAAGAGAAACAGAAUAGAGGAGAGGAAGAAUCUAUAUCUCGCUCUACAGACUGCCACAACUCCUUCCAGAGGCAAAACUGUCCCCUCUCCGAAAAGAAAAGUGGAGGCUGUCUCUCUGGCAACGCAGGUGUCUCCAGCUACACCUGUGCCUUCUCUUCCUGCCUCUACAGAAACCAAUCAGGCUUCUGUUUACCCUCAGAUGAGAGAAACAACCUUUCCUCCUAAAUGUGUUGUACGUGAAGACCCUGAUCAACUUGCCACAAAUGGUUCAGCCCGACGUUUAAUUCCAACUCAGCCUGGAAGGAAAAGAAAAGCCAACUGUCUGGGUACAGAUGAGGACUCGCAAGACAGUUCAGAUGGGAUUCCAUCAGCACCACGUAUGACUGGUAGUUUGGUGUCUGACCGUAGUCACGAUGACAUCAUUACACGAAUGAAAAAUAUAGACUGCAUUGAGUUGGGUCGACAUAGACUCAAACCUUGGUACUUCUCUCCCUACCCUCAAGAGCUUACUACAUUGCCAAUCCUAUACCUCUGUGAAUUUUGCCUCAAGUUUGUGAAAAGCCUCAAGUGUCUACAAAGGCAUCUGACAAAGUGUAAUCUACGUCACCCACCAGGAAAUGAAAUAUACAGAAAGGGGACCAUUUCCUUUUUUGAAAUUGAUGGAAGAAAAAAUAAGACAUACUCUCAGAAUCUGUGCCUACUUGCCAAGUGCUUUCUAGACCACAAGACACUCUACUACGACACAGAUCCAUUCCUUUUCUAUGUUAUGACAGAGUAUGACUCCAAGGGCUUUCAUAUCGUUGGGUACUUCUCAAAGGAAAAGGAAUCAACAGAAGAUUACAAUGUUGCGUGUAUCCUGACACUUCCACCUUACCAAAGGAGAGGUUAUGGCAAACUUCUCAUUGAAUUUAGUUAUGAGCUCUCCAAAGUUGAAGGAAAAACGGGAACACCUGAAAAGCCACUUUCUGAUCUUGGCCUUUUGUCGUACAGAAGCUACUGGUCACAGACAAUUCUAGAAAUCCUUAUGAACCUUAAGUCAGAGAAUGGGGAGAGGCCGCAGAUUACAAUCAACGAAAUCAGCGAGAUAACAAGCGUCAAGAAAGAAGAUGUUAUCUCCACUCUCCAGUACCUUAAUCUAAUAAACUACUAUAAGGGUCAAUACAUUUUGACACUUUCUGAAGAUAUUGUGGAAGGUCAUGAAAGAGCCAUGCAAAAGCGGCAUCUUCGCAUUGAUCCCAAAUGCCUUCAUUUCACCCCCAAGGAUUGGAGUAAAAGAGGCAAGUGGUAGUGCUGUUUGGAGGGCACCUGCUCUUCUUGAACACUACCGAAAACUGCAGGAUUUGCUUUGGCAAUCGGCCUUGCCACCUCCCAUUUUACCAUUCUUGCUCAGGCCACAAAACCCCUAAGCCCUUACGUGGGUCAUGAAGCAAUAAAAAAAAAUCCUUUAGUAGAAUAGACAUUUUUUUGCAUUGCCCUACAACAUUUAAUUUGUCACAUUAUCUUUGAACCCUACUCAAUGUUAAGAUAAUUACAUAGCAGGCUUGAUUUUUCACCCAUUGAUUCAGAACUUUGUGAUUAACUAUUUCAUCAGGAAGAGCAAAUUUCUGCCUGGCUUAUUUUCAUCCAAAAUAUGUGAUGUUAUCAAAACCAAACGUCAGUGCAGCACUCUUUACCGUAACUGACAAAUAGUUUAUCAUUUUUACUUUUCAAGAAAGUGACAUGGCUUCAUUAGAAAGUAAGCUGCAAAAGGACCAAAGCAACCCAGUAGAGUUAUUACAGCAUAUGAAGCUGGUUUCUGUGAGCGACUUCAGAAUUGUUUCAUCAGUGUCUUAACUUCAGCUUUUGCUCAGUCCAGCAAAUAACCAGAUACAGACUCUGAGCUGCAAACCAGUUUUAUGUUGUCCACUUCAGAGUAUGUCUCCUCACUCAGCCAUGGCAAUUGCCAAUACUGACCUUUCUUUAUCUCAGUCUAACGUCUAGCACCAUUAUUGCUAACUAAGACCAAGAGAAAUAUAUUUUUGAAAGCCUGAAUUUUCCAGAGAGGUCGAGACACUGCAGCGAUGAUCAGGACACAGAUUGUUUUAACUAUAAAUGAGGAAGACAAAAAUCAUGGUGUUUAUUGUUUCACAAGUGAUUUUAUGAACUUCCAUUUUAAAAACAACUCAGGAAAUUUUUGUGAUUCUUGUAAAAUAACUUGUAAUUAGAACUGUUUCAUAUCUCAAUGUUGGUUUGAAAUCAGUCAUUCCACAAGAUGUGAUUUUUCACAUUAAUUAAAAUAAUAUAUUAUUGUGCAGAUGUCUCAUUGUUGGCAGACCAUAAACAAUGGUGGUUUUAGUUUUUUUAAUAUUUCAGACUUGGACAACUAUUUUGGCCACUUGUUUGGUAACACUGUGCCUGUGUUUGGAACUGGUAAAAUAGUUUGACUUAACCCGAGAUUUAUUUAACUAUUUCUCCAAUUUUCCACACAACCUCUGAACACCCACACAGGGUCCAGUUUAUGACAGAACUAUAGAAACCUCUCCCCUAGCCUUAAAGCCACUGACACAUGGGCAUUGUGUGUGUGUGUGUGUGCGCCCCCAUAUCGGAAAUGAUGAACAGUGUAAAUAUGUUCACAGUCUCAAGCAUGUUUGCAGAUUUACCUGGAAUUUCCUUUUUUAUUGUUAUUAUUAUUAAAAAGUGAAGCUAAACAUGAUACUUUUUAUAGUUUGGUGCAUCAUUUCCUAUGUAUGCCUAAAAAAGAUUUUUUGCCAUAUAUUCAUGAAUUAUGAUACAACUAAUUUCAAAAUCAAAUGUAGGUCAGUAUUUUUGACAACCUCAAUUUUAGACCAUUUUUUCUCUUUAUCUCUCGUCUAGUUGAGCAGUAGCAUACAACGAUGAAUGACUGUAUCAACAAAGAG